GGCCCGUGGCCUCAUAGGUGCGCCGACCGGCUGCACUGUACGGCCACCGGAAAGAUGUCGCUGCUGCGGUCAUUGCGCCUCUGCCUGGUCGCGCGGACCGGGAGCUGCCCGCUGAGCGCUGUUGGCCCUGGUCCCUUCCUGCCUUCCUUGCAGGCCGGGCUCCCUCUGCUGCAGUCGCCCCAGCAGUGGCAUACAUUUCACUCUGGGUCCUGGCUGUCCUCGGCUUCCAGCAAGGAGCUCCUCAUGAAGCUGCGGCGGAAGACGGGCUACUCCUUUGUAAACUGCAAGAAAGCCCUGGAGGCUUGUGGCGGGGAUCUCAAACAGGCAGAGAGCUGGCUCCAUAAGCAGGCCCAGAAGGAGGGCUGGAGUAAAGCUGCUAGGCUCCAUGGGAGGAAGACCAAAGAAGGUCUGAUUGGGCUGCUGCAGGAAGGAGACACGACUGUGUUGGUAGAGGUGAACUGUGAGACAGAUUUUGUUUCCAAAAAUUUAAAAUUUCAACAGUUGGUCCAGCAAGUAGCUCUGGGAACCCUGUUGCAUUGUCAGAACUUAAAGGAUCAACUCUCCACAUACAGUAAAGGCUUCUUGAAUUCCUCUGAGCUCUCUGAACUUCCAGCAGGACCCGAGAGAGAGGGUUCUCUCAAGGAUCAGCUGGCUUUAGCAAUUGGGAAACUGGGAGAAAACAUGAUUCUGAAACGGGCUGCAUGGGUGAAGGUGCCAGCUGGGUUCUAUGUUGGCUCUUACGUCCAUGGGGCAAUGCACAGCCCCUCGCUCCACAAGCUGGUGCUGGGGAAGUAUGGGGCCCUGGUCAUCUGCGAGACGUCAGAGCUGAAGGCAAACCUCGAAGACCUUGGCCGCCGCCUUGGGCAGCACGUGGUGGGCAUGGCUCCCCUCUCUGUUGGCUCCCUGGACGAUGAGCCUGGGGGAGAGGGGGAAACCAAGAUGCUGUCCCAGCCAUACUUGCUGGACCCUUCCAUCACACUGGGACAGUACGUGCAGCCCCAUGGGGUGUCCGUCGUAGACUUUGUGCGGUUUGAGUGUGGAGAAGGCGAAGACGCAGCAGAUGCCGAAUAGGUUCCAGAGAUUUUGGGCCCAGGAGGACGUGUUUAUUCUUAACCCGGGACAUUUACAAAAAGAAGUUUACUUCCUAAGCCUUUUCAAACCCAGAAUUUGUUUUUCAUUUGAGUUUAUAAUGAAAUUAUAUACUUUGUGGGUAAAGCUAUUAAAUAAAAUUGUUAGGUAAUAAAGAAAGUAGAACUUUUC